CAAGGCAUUGUGCUCUGAAUGGGUGUCGCAUUGAAACCUGAAGUGCACCAGCAGGUUUGGUCAAAACACCUGUGUAUCGUGUGUGGAAAGUCACAGCUCUGAAGCAGUAACACUGAAAUGGACAAUUGGAAUAAGUCGGCAAAGAUCGCUUACAAGCGGUGGAAAAAUCCUGAUGUCAGAGGUGAGGCAUAUUUUGUGGGCCGGAGUGAUGAAGACCAGGGCACAGACAAUGAGAUCUGCACUAUCGCCUCAGCAAGAGUCGACUCAGGGGGAAGAGAGUCUGCACUGACAUCUAGAUUUUAUAAAACUGAAGAAACCUUUACAGUAGAUGAUGCACUGGAGGCCAUCGGCUUUGGCAAGUUCCAGUGGAAAAUCUCUCUCCUCACCGGACUGUCAUGGAUAGCUGAUGCCAUGGAGAUGAUGAUCCUCAGUAUCUUGGGCCCCCAGCUGCACUGUGAGUGGAGGCUGCCCAGUUACCAGGUGGCUCUCAUAACGUCGGUGGUGUUUGUCGGGAUGGGGAUCAGUUCACCUCUAUGGGGGAAAUUGUCCGACAAGUACGGCAGAAGAGCAGGCGUGACAAUUUGCAUGUGCUGGACUCUGUACUACGGCCUGCUGAGUGCCUUUGUUCCGGUAUAUGGCUGGCUCUUGGUCCUCAGGGGUCUUGUAGGCUUCGGUAUUGGAGGAGCUUGUCAGUCGGUGACUCUGUACACAGAAUUCCUUCCCAUGAAGGCAAGAGGGGCCUGCGUCAUGCUGAUUGCGAUAUUCUGGGCAGUUGGUGCUGUGUUCGAGGUCCUGCUGGCAUUGUGGGUAAUGCCCACUCUCGGUUGGAGGUGGCUGCUAGGCCUGUCCACUAUACCAAUGGCAAUAUUUAUUUGCUUCUGCUUUUGGCUGCCUGAAAGUCCUCGCUUUGACAUGCUGAUGGGAAACGCAGAGAAGGCCAUAGCAACUUUGUCGCGCAUUGCCAAAGAGAAUGGCAAGGCCAUGCCUCAGGGGAAGAUGAUCGUCUAUAAUCAAAAUAAUCAGGGAUGGAUCAAAAAUCUCUUCUCUCCCCAGUAUUGGAGGACUACUCUUCUUCUGUGGUUUAUUUGGUUUGCAAAUGCUUUCUCCUAUUAUGGUCUAGUCCUGUUGACAACUGAGAUGUUCCAAUCUGGAGAUUCAUGUGGUGCCACCCAAGGGGCCAAGGUUGAUCCGAGUUGUAGUCUUGCAUGCAAGUAUUUGACAUCAGCUGACUACAAAGACCUUUUAUGGACGACCUUGGCUGAAUUCCCAGGUCUUUUAGUUGCCCUAGUUGCAGUGGACCGCAUUGGCAGGAAGAAGAGCAUGGGACUGUGUUUCUUCAUGUUUUCUUUGUGUAUCCUGCCCUUAUAUGCUUGUAUUGGGAGGUUAGCUCUUACAAUCUUCAUCUUUAUUGCCAGAGCAUUUAUCUCUGGAGGAUUCCAAGUUGCUUUUGUUUACACACCAGAGGUGUUCCCUACAGAAAACAGAGCCUUAGCAAUGGGGACUUGCAGUGCAAUGGCCAGGAUCGGUUCCUUGAUUACCCCCUUUGUGGCACAGGUGAUGCUCAGAACAUCAGUGUAUUUGACCUUGUCGAUGUACUGUUGCUGUUCUCUGCUGGCUGGCAUUGCGUCGUUGCUCUUGCCCAUCGAGACUUUGGGCAGGGGUCUGCAGGAGUCCAGCCUUGACCAGGAGGCCGGAGAGCAAAGGACCACAACAACCAGCCAGUCAAACAGUACAUCACUUUCAUAUGACCAAAGGCUGGGAGUGAUAAUUGAGGGUAGGCCUACUUCCCAUGUCUAAUGAGAGCGGAGGCACACUUGUGCUUGGACUGGUUUGUUUACCCUCUCUUCCAUCUGGGCCAUGAGAAGCAAUAGAGGGAUAUUUUGGAAAAUGAUCCACUGUGAAGGCUCUGCUUAGAGCUACACAUUUUACAACUUGAGACUGAGACGUUCAUUUUAUACUGUUAUAAAAAUGACUUGUAUGUAUAUAUGUAGUCAUGUGCCUUUUUCUAAUUAAAGUUGUUCACUUUG